GCUUUCCGCCACUACGGACGCAUGCGCAUUGUUCUUAACGAAUAGUCUUAAUCUUCCGCUCUCAGAGCAGUUGCCUUUUCGAUCUCUUCUAAUUUUCAUAAAUUCCACCUACCUCUAAUUUACAACAUGUUCUUCAUUAUUUCUAAAAAAUUCUUGUUAUUGCUAUCAUUAUGGACUGGAAUAUUUUGCAAUUAUGCAUGUUAUUCAAUAAUUGCGCCUUUCUUCCCACAGUUGGCAAGGAAGAAAGGACUCAGCGCAGAACAGUAUUCUUUUGUAUUUGGUAUCUAUAGUUUAUCUCAAAUCACCUUCAGUGUCAUAGUUGGCAAAAGCCUUACAAGAAUAGGAGCUAAAUUUGUAGUUGUGGCUGGCUUAUUUUUAACUGGAGGCUCAACGAUAUUAUUUGGAUGUCUCGAAAAAAGUCCAGGAGGUCCAAUUUUCUUUUGGUUAUGUAUGGCUGUCCGUGCUGUGGAAGGGGCAGGGUUUGCUGCCUAUCUUACAAGUUCAUUAGCUGUGCUAGUGAGGACAUUUCCCUCGAAUCCAGGUUAUUAUGUGGGUUUGACUGAAACGAUUGUUACAGUAGCAAUGAUAUCUGGUCCACCACUUGGCAGUUUUCUUUACACGGUUGGAGGAUAUUCUGCGCCAUUUGUAUCGUUUGGCAGUGUUAUAAUUGUUAUGAGCAUAGCUUCAUAUUUCCUUAUUUCAGAAGAAAAAUCAGGAUCAUUUGACAUGAGAAGCGAACUCGGAUCCUUAAAAUUAAAAGAAUAUCUUCGUAUCCUGAAGAUGCCAGCAGGUGCCAUGGUAUUAGUUUGUGUUACUCUCAACGUCACAGCAGACGCUUUCAUUCUUAUUGCCCUGAGUGAACAUCUUUCCCAGUUUCAGUUAACUCCUAUGAUUGUGGGUUCAAUAUAUUUGUGCUUAUUCCUAUCAUAUGGAUUAAGUUCACCACUUGCAGGAAAAAUCGGUGAUAAGAUGGGUGGUGAAUUUCUGCUGGAAAGUGGUGGUUGCUUAAUCAUGGCUUUGUCCUUCAUUUUCAUCGGACCUGGAUCAUUUCUUGAAAUGAAACCGAAAGUUGGACUGAUUGUAGCAGGCCUGCUUUUGAAAGGACUUGGUGCUGGUCCUCUCAUUUCCUGUUCCUAUUCUGCCGCACUCAAAGCAGCAAAGUAAUUGUUUUUUACUAUAUCUGU